AUGAACAGGUUCCCUGAAUACUUCCUCCGGAAGGUCCAGUCAUGCCUCACAGUUGCCUGGAAUUUUCGAAUGCCAAUCAUGCAAAGGCACUCACCGGCGCAAGUUGUCUCGAGCAUUCUUUACAAUACUCUUGACAAAUCAGUUACUGAAUAUACAUAUGUCGAUUUUUGUGCAGGCGCUGGUGGUCCCACUCCCUGCAUUGAACGAGAAUUGAACCAGAAGCUGGCCCCCAAAAAAUCACCCUCAGCCAACGGCGACACCAACGAGUCUGUAAAAUUCGUAAUGACCGACCUACAUCCUCACAUUGCAGACUGGAAAGGGGCUUGCAGCAAGAGCAAAAACCUGACAUUUGUUUCAAAACCGGUUGAUGCUACAAAUGCGCCUGCUGACUUGAUAUUGGGCGACGGGAAGAAGGUUUUCCGCAUGUUUAACCUCGCAUUCCACCAUUUCGAUGAUAGUCUUGGCCGCGACAUACUCAAGAACACACUAGAGAACUCUCAUGGCUUUGGGUACUUAUUCAUCCAGUGAUAUGAGGCUGUACUAGCUGACAUAACCUAGUAUCUUCG